GAUUCAUUAUUCAUUUGUCACUAGAAUGACUCAGUACAAAACACAAGCUCUUUGAAUCUCGGGUAGUUGAGCUCAUAACGCCAGAUUGGUUCAACCUGGACCGUUGAAAAGGAAUUAUAUAUUUAUAGUUGGAAAUCAGUAAAAGCAAAUUUUGAAAAACAGUCUGAAAGUAUGGCUGACCUCAAUAAUCGUGAUCCUAACAGUCUGAAUGACCAUAUUAAGGUGCAGUUCGAAGAUGUUCUUGCAGAGCCUGAAGGUGCGCGGUCUAUCGAUUGUGUCUGGAAGCUGGCCUUCACCUGCUUCAACUGCUGGAUGAACCUGUGUUACAAGUUGUCUACGCUUCUCUGUGGCAUCUGCAUCGCUGCGGAGUGGGGCUGUCAAUUCGCGGAGGUCGCCUUCUACCACAUCUGGUUCAUCACGCCCAUGCUCCGUAUGUUUGAAAUUAACUGCAGUGUUCUCCGAAAGGUCUGCGCCACCUGUACAGGGUGCUGUAUCGAGCCGUGCUGUGAAUCGUGUGGAAGGAUCUUUAAAUCUUUCGAAAAAUAAGAGUAAGACAGAACAGCUUAGUUCCAAUUGUUUCCAAGCUCCACUCUUGAUCUUGAUGUGUGAUUACAUGUAUAUGACUAUUCUGUUAAUUGUAUUUCAUUUUAAUCAGGGUUUUAACUAAAUACCUCGUUUUUAAGGUAUUCAAGCUAUCUUAAUCUCAGCAUAAAGUGUUAAGUAGGUAUGCAGCCAUAUACUAGAAACUGGUUUGAAACAGUUAUAGAUAUAACAUAAUUAUAUAUGAACAAGUAUAAUCAUAUUUUUUAUAGUACAAUGCAAUUGUUGUACUGCAGCCUCGGUGUGUAAAAUAGUUUUUGAAAGCCAUUGACUUAGUUUCUAAGUUGUAAGUUCUGUCAAGUUUGAUAUCUAUAAAUAUGAGGUUGUAAGUUCAGUGAAGUUUGAUAUCUAUAUAAUAUAUGAGGUUGUAAGUUCUGUGAAGUUUGAUAUCUAUAUAUAUGAGACGAAUGAUUGAAGCAUAUCUGUGAUAUUGUGGCAGUAACACACACACUGACGUCUACAUCAGACUCCUACAUAGCAAUGUAAGCCAGCGGUAAGCAUGACUAAUGUGCAAUGCUUGGUCCUGGUAUUGGCGUUGCGGAAUCUUGCAGAAUUUCGUUAAGCCAUCUAACUAACACUCAAUCUCUGUCAAUCUUACAGUUAAAAUACUGACGUACAAUAGUAAGACUUUUCGCAUCUCGAACUAAGUUUUGACGUUCUAAGAUAGCCUCACAUACAAAUACAAUUAGUUUCAGUAGUAAUUAAGUCAACCUUAUCAAAUCCGUCCAAACAUAUAUUUGAUAUAGUUCUUCUACGUGUUUUAUCUUCAGUAGAUUCAGUAAUUUAUGUAUAUAGAAAAUUAAUCCUUAUCACUGUUAAUAUUUGAAAGUAUCUAAAUGUAUGAUUGAAUAUAUCCUUUCCCCAAUGUAUUGGACUACGCCUGACUAUGUAUUGGACUACGCCUGACUAUGUAUUGGACUACGCCUGACUAUGUGUUGGUUGUUAUAUCUUGUAUAGUGCAAUAAAGGUUAUUCUAUAA